CCGUUUCCGAAGGAGCCCCGUUUGAAGUUGCACCGCCGCUGUGCCGGUCGGAGUGGGAUGGCGAAGGCGCCGUCCGGUUGUCUCAGCGCCCUGCCCGGGGCUCUGCCUCAGUAGGAACCAGUCAAGAGAAGAUGCCCAAACUUGAGGGCUUUGAGUUCUGGAGAAACACGCUGAAAGGUGCCCGUUUUGUGGUUGCUCCCAUGGUGGAUCAGAGUGAACUAGCUUGGAGACUGUUAAGUCGCCGUCAUGGAGCCCAGCUAUGUUAUACCCCUAUGCUGCAUGCUCAGGUCUUUGUCAGAGAUGCCAAUUACCGUAAAGAAAACUUGUAUUGUGAUGUGUGCCCUGAAGAUAGACCUUUGAUUGUGCAGUUCUGUGCCAAUGACCCAGAAGUGUUUGUCCAGGCUGCCUUGUUGGCUCAAGAUUACUGUGAUGCCAUUGACUUGAAUUUGGGGUGUCCUCAAAUGAUUGCAAAAAGAGGUCACUAUGGAGCAUUCUUGCAGGAGGAAUGGAAGCUUCUUCAGAAGAUGAUUGUGUUGGCUAAUGAGAAGCUCUCUGUUCCCAUCACAUGCAAAAUCCGUGUUUUCCCAGAAAUUGGCAAGACUGUGAAAUAUGCCCAGUUGCUGGAGGAGGCUGGUUGUCAGCUGCUGACUGUCCACGGUCGCACGAAAGAACAGAAGGGGCCUCUUGCUGGCGUGGCUUCCUGGGAGCACAUACAGGCCGUGAGAAAGGCUGUAAACAUCCCUGUUUUUGCAAAUGGAAACAUCCAGUACCUCAGUGAUGUGGAACAGUGCAUUCAGAAGACAGGAGUUCAAGGUGUCAUGAGCGCAGGUAGGAAGAGAGAGCUCCUCCUCCUGGAUAAUUGUGUGAUAAGUCGUGUUUAUUCAAUCAUUUCUCCACAGGAAGAAAUAGCCAAUUUGAAGGAAGAUGAGAAGCCAAAAGGAGGAUUGCCUUUCUUCCAUUGGAUUUGUCAGCCAUAUGUCAGGCCUGGGCCCAAGGAGGUGUGCAAGGAAAAUGGCACUAGUGGCAUGGAAGGAAGCACCCGGGGUAAACGAGCUUUGGAGGAUGAGGAUGAUGGGAACUCAGAUGGUCUCUCAAAGAACAAGCAAAAGAAGAAAUUGAGAAAUCCUAAUAAAAGCUUUGAUCCAUCCUUAAAACCUAAAUAUGCAAAGUGUGAUCAGUGUGGAAACCCAAAGGGUAACAAAUGUGUAUUUAAUCUGUGCCGAGGAUGCUGUAAGAAAAGGGCUUUUAGAGAGACAGCAGAUUGUCCAGGUCAUGGUCUGCUUUUUAAAACCAAAUAUGAGAAGUCCCUUUCAUGGAAGAAUGGCCAGUCCAGUCUGGAGAAUAUUGAAGUGACAGCACAGAAAGGAGAGGUGGAGGAGACUCUAUUGCUCAAAGAAGCUAUUGAUGGUGUCGCGUGAGGCCUGGAAACUCCUCCUGGAUGUGUUCCCCAGCCUCUGUCUCCUUGGGCCAAAGAAAUAAUCUGCUUCCAGAACACAGCAGUUGACUCCACAGACCUGUUCAUAAACGACAGACAAGUCUUACCUAAGGGAAAAUGUCUUUCUCAGGGAAAUAAUCCUGUAAUGGAAAUAAAAGGAUGCAAUGAAAGCUUUUCAUCCCAUGUUCGAAAGACUUCAAAGACUGAGCCAGAAGUGCUGGCCUUAAAAUGCUGCAUUGGAGACACCUCUACAGAUUUGACCUGCCUGUUUUUAAACUGUGUGUGGUUUUAAAAUUGGCAAAUAAAACUUUUAUAUCAGAACGUAUUUUUGGUAUAUAAUAAAUAACUUGGUGGGGAUGUUGGCCAGCCCUAGGCACAGAAUUUGUUUGACAAUGGCAAGUCAGCAGCUGUUAAAGGGCACUGCAAAACUCUGGGAGAGCUGCUUUAAGGUUCCUAAAUGGAAGGCACACCUACCGGUAUGUAGUAAUUGAUAAUUUUAAAAAACCUGCCUCUUGGAUUGUAGCUUGCUAUGCUUGUACUUGGGACCCAGGUGGCGCUGUGGGCUAAACCACUGAGCCUAGGGCUUGCUGAUCAGAAGGUCGGCGGUUAUCCCUGUGACGGGGUGAGCUCCCAAUGCUUGGUCCCAGCUCCUGCCAACCUAGCAGUUCGAAAGCACAUCAAAAUGCAAGUAGAUAAAUAGGAACCGCUAUAGCAGGAAGGUAAACGGCGUUUCCAUGUGCUGCUCUGGUUUGCCAGAAGCGGCUUUGUCAUGCUGGCCACAUGACCUGGAAGCUAUACGCCGGCUCCCUCGGCCAAUAAUGCGAGAUGAGCGCACAACCCCAGAGUCGGUCACGACUGGACCUAAUGGUCAGGGGUCCCUUUACCUUUACUAUGCUUGUACUUAGUGUGG